AUGUACAAAAUAAAUGUAAACGUUUUCUUCUUCUUCUUCUUCUUCUUCUUCUUCUUCUUCUUCUUCUUCUCUCUGUGUCCCCCUCUCUCGCUUUUCUAUUUAAUUAUCUAUUGUAUUUUAUUUCUAUUAACUACAGUUAAUCUUUCUGAUUUUGCGUAUUUUCUUUUCUUUUCUUUUACACCCGCGAACGCUAUUUUUAUUUUAUUUUAUUUAUUUACCUCCUUUUUCUUGGUUUUUAUUCAACGUUUUUUUUUUCCCUAUACUUUUUUUUUCUUUUAUUUAACGUUUUUUUCUUUCCUUUUUUUGUUUUUAAUUGUUUAUCCGGGUUUUUCUUUUUUCUUUCUUUCUUUUUCCCUUUUUCUUUUUUCUUCCUGUUUUCAAUUAUUUAUCCGGGUUUUUUCUUCUUUUUUUUUCUUUCUUUUUCCCUUUUUCUUUCUUUUUUCCUUUUUUCUUUUUCUUUUUUCUUCCUGUUUUCGUUUUCUUUUUUCUUCCUUUUUUCUUCCUUUUUUCUUCUUUUUUCCUGUUACUUAUUCUUUUUUCUUCCUUUUCUUCUUUUUCUUUCCUUUUUCUUUUUUCUUUUUCUUUUUUCUUCCUUUCUUUAUAAAUCUAUAUAUUUUGUUUAUUUUUUUGCAUUUUCUCAAUUUUCGCUUUACAUUCUUUCUUCCUUCCUUCUUUUUUCUUUUCUUUCGUUUUCGCUUCAUUUUAACUUUUACCGCUUUUUUUCAUAAUCGUUUUUUUACUACAAACUUUUUUUUUUACUUACAACUUCCUUUUUUUCUUUUUCUUAUAUUCGUUCUUUGUUUCUUUCUUUUUCACUUUUUCUUUCUUCCUAAUUCUCUUUUUCUUUCCUUCUAUUACCUUUCUAUCUAA